GAGGCCCCACCCACCUCCGCGAGAGAGCAGCCUGGACCCAGGAAAGGGGCGCCUGGCCUGGAAAGAGGAGGGGCCUGCCCUGUUCCCCCCUCCCAGGACAAUGGCCUUCGGAUGAAGAAGGAAAGAGGUGCUUCAGCCCAGAUAGAGCCUAGAGUGAAGAUGGAGGAGGCAAACCAAAUCAGUCCUAAAGGAAGAAGAGUCCUAAAGGUUGAAAUGUGGGACAGAAGAAGUAUUGGAUUUUGGGGGAGAGCAAGGCAGGAUGCUCUAGAUGAGAAGGCAUUCAGUUCAGAUGUUCUAUGCCAACUCUUCCGGCGUGCCCGUUUCCACAAGGAUAAGGGUCCUCGAGCACUUUGCAGCCAACUUCACAAACUCUGCCGCCAGUGGCUGAAGCCCGAGCGACACUCCAAGGCGGAGAUGCUGGACCUGGUGAUCCUGGAGCAGUUCCUGGCCGUCCUUCCUUCAGAGAUGGAGAGCUGGGUGAGGGAAUGUGGGGCAGAGACCAGUUCCGAGGCAGUGGCUUUGGCUGAAGGCUUCCUCCUAAGUCAGGAAGAAGAGGAGAAGACACUGCAGGAAGAGCAGCAGGAGAGUGAUAUUCUUCAGGCCCAGGAUGUUCCUCCAUAUACCAGCAGGAGCUUGCCUUCCAGAUGGAUCAAACUGGAGGAGGACACGGGAGAAGCUCCACUAGGAGAUGAGCCAAGGAUGCUGGGAAGAUGUUCAUCUCUUUGUGGUGCAGGAGAAAUGGCUUCGGUGGAACAAGAUCAGCUGACUUUUGAAGAUGUGGGUGUAAAUUUCAAUGAUGCGGAGUGGGCCCUGCUGGAUCCGGGUCAACGGGCCCUGCACUGGGAGGUCAUGGAGGAGAAUUAUAAAAUGAUGGUUUCUUUGGGUGGUGAUGGGCGAGGGAAUGAAAAUGGAGGAGUGCCAUGUGAUGCGUUGCUACAAACAGAGGAAUGUGAAAAGGGGGAAGAAGCGAGAAUGGAAGCAGAAGAAGGUGGAAGGGACCAGUGCCCUGCUGACACCUCAGAUUUGCCAAUCCAAGGACUAACAGACAAAAGCAGGGAGUUUGGGAACUGCCUUGUCUAUGAAAAUGACUCCUUCAAUCAGGCAAUAUACUUGAUGGAUCAUAUCACAGACCAUAUAGAUCAACCACAACCUAAAUUCCAUCAAUCGGAAGAAAACUUUGGAAUUAGCGUACACCUUACUAGCAACGAAGAAUGCAAUAAUAGUAAGACUAUUGACAUUGAUAAUAAUCCAUAUAAAUGCCUAGAGUGUGGGAAAAGCUUCCAUCAUAAUGGAGCCCUCACCAGACACCAGAAAACCCACAUGGCAGACAAACCGUAUAAAUGCCUGGAGUGUGGAAAAGGCUUUAUUGACAAGACAAGCCUCGUAGGUCAUGAAAUGAAUCACAGAGGAGAGAAGCCCUAUAAAUGCCUGCAGUGUGGGAAGAGUUUCAGCUACAAGUCAGUCCUUAAGAAUCACCAGGAUAGACACACAGAAGAUAAACCAUUCAAAUGUCUGGAUUGUGGGAAAUGCUUCCAUCAUAACGGAGCCCUCACGAGACACCAGAAAACCCACACAGGAGAAAAACCAUACAAAUGCCUGGAGUGUGGAAAAGGCUUUAUUGACAAAACAAGUCUUGUGGGUCAUGAAAUGAAUCACAGAGGGGAGAAACCCUAUAAAUGCCUGCAGUGUGGGAAGAGUUUUAGCUUUAAAUCAGUCCUUAAAAAUCACCAGGAUAGGCACACAGAAGAGAAACCAUACAAAUGUCUGGAUUGUGGGAAAAGCUUUCAUCAUAACGGAGACCUUAGUAGACACAAAAAGACCCACAUCGGAGAGAAACCAUAUCAAUGCCUGGAGUGUGGGAAAUGCUUUACCGAAAAGAGAAGCCUCAUAGGGCAUGGCAUGAUUCACCGAGGAGAGAAGCCCUAUCAGUGCCUGGAGUGUGGGAAGAGUUUCAGCUACAAAUCAGGCCUCAAGAGUCACCAGAACAGUCAUACAGAAGAAAAAUCAUACACGUGUCUCGAGUGUGGGAAGAGUUUCAGUCAGGGAAUACUCCUCAAGAGGCACCAAAAAACCCACACGGGGGAGAAGCCAUAUAAAUGCCUGGAGUGUGGGAAAGGCUUCAGUCAAAAGAGAAGCCUCAUAGGGCAUGAAAUGAAUCACAGAGGAGAGAAGCCCUAUAAAUACCAGGAGAGUCACACAGAAGAGAAGUCUUACACAUAUCUCCUUGGAGAUUUGGCAGAGGCCGUUCCAUGUGCUGAUUCUUCCAUAGGGACCUGCACAUUCCCUGACAACAACUUGCGUUGCACCUCUCCUUGUUCUGAUACAGGAGAGACCCUCAAGUUGAUUCUGUAGCUCCAAAUUACAGAAUUAUUCCUGGUCUACCUCCUGUGUUUGCACAGUCACCUCCUCUCCAGAGAGAUCCCAUGUGUGUUUCACCUGCUUUGCUGAAUCCAAGUGAAACUCUCCCUCCCCAAUAUGUAUAAAUAUGUGAGAGGAAGCCACAGGGAGGAGGGAGCAAGCUUGUUUUCUGCUUCCUUGGAGACUAGGACGCAAAACAAUGGCUUCAAACUACAAGAAAAGAGAUUCCAUCUGAACAUGAGGAAGAACUUCCUGACUGUGAGAGUCGUUCAGCGGUGGAACUCUCUGCCCUGGAGUGUGGUGGAGGCUCCUUCUUUGGAAGCUUUUAAACGGGUUGGAUGACCAUCUGUCAGGGGUGCUUUGAAUGCAAUAUUCCUGCUUCUUGGCAGAAUGGGGUUGGACUGGAUGGCCCAGGAGGUCUCUUCCAACUCUUUGAUUCCAUGAUUCUAUGAUGGAGUGUGGAUACCUGGAUCUCCAGACACUGAACCUUCUCUUCCAAGAAGGCCACUAUCUAACUUGCUUUUGGUGCAAAUCUAGAUAUCCACAUUCUCGUGCAGUCACAUGCAUGAGUUCCCUCACCUUCCCAUUCUAAGAGAAUUAAGACGAGAAUUGGGUAGAGAAAGGAACAGAGAUCUGGGCCUCCUCCACACACUUCCCUGCUAAAUAUCCCCAUGAGCACCCUAGUUUGUGCGUUGUUGUAGGUAUUUCAGGCUGUAUGGCCAUGUUCUAGAGCAGGGGUCCUCAAACUAAGGCCUGGGGCCGGAUACGGCCCUCCAAGGUCAUUUACAUUGCUCAGGGUCAACCUAAGUUUGAAACCACUUGAAAGCUCACAACAAUAACAACAAUCCUAUCUCAUGAGCCAAAAGCAGACCCACACUUUCCACUGAAAUACUAAUCUAUAUAUAUAAAAAUGCUUUGUGCGUAAUGAGUACCUUAAAAACAAAAGAACUAAUGAACGAAAUCACACCAAAUUUGGCAACAAAAAGUCUUACAACACAAGGAGUGAGCAUCACUCAAACAUUAUGAUAUUGUCAUUUGAGAGUUGUAGUUGCUGRGAUUUAUAGUUCACCUAUAAUCAAAGAGCAUUCUGAACUCCACUAACAAUGGAAUUGAUCCAAACUUGGCACMCAGGACUCCCCUGACCAACAGAAAACACCAGAAGCAUUUGGUGGGCAUUGACCUUGAGUUUGAGAGUUGUAGUUCACCUACAUCUAGAGAGCACUGUAGACUCAARACAAUGAUGGAUCUGGACCAAACUUGGCACAAAUACUCCAUAUGACCAAAUGUGAACACAGAUGGAGUUUGGGGAAAAUAGACCUUGACAUUUGGGAGUUGUAGUUACUUGGAUUUAUAGUUCACCUACAAUCAGGGAGCAUUCUGAACCCCACAAAUGACAGAAUUGGGGCAAACCUCCCACACAGAACCCGCAUACUUAAGGCCAUCCAGUCCAACUCCCUUCACCAGGACAAGAAAACGUAAUCAAAGCCCUCCUGACAAAGAGCCAUCCAGUCAUAGAUAUAGAUAGAUAUAUAUGAUUCACACACACAUAUAUGUAUAUGAUAGAUAUAGUAUCAUAGAUUUGAAAGGGACCCCUAAAGAAGGACAAUUAUAUGUUGCAUGGCAAACCAGACAAUAUCUACAUCAACACUGACAAAGAAACAACAGGCAAUAUUCUUUACCCACAAGCAUAAAGAAUUACAUAUAUUAGAAACCAACACUUUCUCAGUACUUCAUUUUCCAGAUCACCAGACUGGGCCACAGCAAGGUGGCCAAUUGAAACAUUCACACCUAGCUCCAACAGACAAGAGUUCUUUCUCCCACCCUGGACUUCCCAUAGAUAUAUAAACCCAGUUUUUCCUAGUUUCCAACAAAACUCACAACCUCUGAGGAUACUUGCCAUAGAUGCAGGUGAAACGUCAGGUGAGAAUGCUUCUAGAACAUGGCCAACAGCCCAAAAAACCUACAAUCACCCAGUGAAUCUGGACAUGAAAGCCUUUGACAAUACAUCCUAGUUUGUCUCACCUGUUUAUCUAGUCCUGAAUGCCGAGAUUCAGAAACUUGUAGUGUAGCAGGAAUUUAAUUGGCGAUCAACCCGCACAUGACACCCCCCCCC